GACAGGGACAGGGACAGAGACAGAGACAGGGACAGAGACAGGGACAGGGACAGGGACAGAGACAGGGACAGAGAUAGAGACAGAGACAGGGACAGAGACAGAGACAGGGACAGAGAUAGAGACAGAGACAGUGACAGAGACAGAGAGACAGAGACAGGGACAGUGACAGGGACAGGGACAGGGACAGGGACAGGGACAGGGGCAGGGACAUGGAUAUGGACAGAGACAGGGACAGAGACAGGGACAGGGACAGGGACAGAGACAGUGACAGAGACAAGAGACAGAGACAGUGACAGUGACAGAGACAGGGACAGGGACAGACACAGGGACAUAGACAGAGACAGAGACAGAGAAAGAGACAGGGGCAGGGACAGAGACAGGGACAGGGACAAUGACAGGGACAGAGGCAGGGACAACUAUGCCAUGGUCGACUAG